CCAGGAGGCAGCAGUAGCUCUGCCCACCCAGCACCAGGCCGUGCUGUGGGAAGGAGCCCUUCCCUUGACAUGGGGCAGAUUGUCUUCUGGAGCAUUAUUAACAUCAUCAUUAUUCUGGCUGGUGCAAUUGCAUUCAUCAUUGGCUUUGGUAUUUCAGGGAAACACUCCAUCACAGUCACCACUUCCACUUCAGCUGGGAACAUCGGCGAGGAUGGAACCCUGAGCUGCACUUUUGAACCUGAUAUCAAGCUCAAUGGCAUUGUGAUCCAAUGGCUGAAAGACGGUGUUAUGGGUUUGGUCCACGAGUUCAAAGGAGGCAGAGAUGAGCUCUCAGACCAGCAUGAAAUGUUCAGAGGCCGGACAGCUGUGUUUGCCGAUCAGGUGAUAGUUGGCAAUGCCUCUCUGAGACUGAAAAACGUGCGGCUCACAGAUGCAGGCACCUACAAAUGUCACAUCAGCACUUCAAAAGGCAAAGGGCAUGCCAGCCUUGAGUACAAAACUGGAGCCUUCAGUGUGCCAGAGAUGAAUGUGGACUAUAAUGCCAGUUCUGAGAGCCUGCGCUGUGAGGCUCCUCGAUGGUUCCCCCAGCCCACAGUAGCCUGGGCAUCCCAAAUUGACCAAGGAGCCAACUUCUCAGAAGUCUCCAACACCAGCUUUGAGUUGAAUUCUGAGAACGUGACCAUGAAGGUUGUGUCCGUGCUCUACAAUGUCACGAUCAACAACACAUACUCCUGUAUGAUUGAAAACAACAUUGCCAAAGCCACAGGGGAUAUCAAAGUGACAGACUCUGAGAUCAAAAGGCGCAGCCAACUACAGCUGCUGAGCUCAGGGGUUUCCCUGUGUGCUUCCUCCUUUGCCCUCAGCUGGGUGCCCAUGUCUCUCUCCACUUACCUGAUGCUAAGAUAACGUGCUUUGCCCACACAAAGACACACAAAGUUACUGGUACAACAGGCAUCUGGCCACAUCUGGAGACAAUUUUGGUUGUCACAACCAAGGGAAGAGGGAGAACAGAGCUACUGGCAUCUAGUAGGUCAAGCUUAGAAACACUGCUCAACAUCCUACCGUGGAUGAGACAUCUCCUAUGAUGAAGAAUGACCAGCUCAAAUGUUGCCACAUCAAGGUUAAGAAACCUUGAAUCAGAAUGGAAAGAAUCUAGAAGAGACCGUAGCAAAUGAAUGGCUUCCUGAAGUGGGCAUCAGCUCUGUCCCUGGUGACUGGCUCAGCACAAGCGCCAGUGUUCCCCAUGGUGCACCAGCAAAAUACCCUGCAGCUGGCAAGACCUGUGGGCAAUUCCUGGUGGGAUUCUUCCUGCUCAUUGUGCUUCGAGCUUCCUCUCCCUUCAUUCUACCCUGCACAAUAAAUUUGUUUGGCAAGAAGGCUGCCCAAGUUCCUUCUCAAGUUCUCUGACUCUGAAUUUCAUAUACUGCCUGGCCAAAAUGCAGGUCAUGUCAACAAACAUGGACCUUCUUUGAAACACACCGAGACUUUUAAGCUUCCUGUUUGUUUUUCCCAUUGUUUAUUGUUAUGCCUGUUUGUUUGUUUUUUAAUGUGCCAGAGAUCAAAUCCAGGGCCUCAUGCAUACAGGGGAAUGCUAUACCAUGGAGCUACACAAGACUUCUGAGAGAAAACAGGGCAAUGACCUUUUGAAAUGAAGCCUUGAGGAGUGAAGUGUUAAGCAAAGACCACUUUGUUUCCAGUCAUCUCUCCAUACGUUCAUGUUGACCACUGCCUCCCUGGACUUUGAACCCACAUUCUGUAUUAUGUUUAUUAUAGGAAACGUUGGAGUUCUGAUGGUCCCGGAGAAUGAUUAAAUUCACAUUUCCAGCA